CAGGAAUAAUGUGAGCUGUUUAAAGACUCUGCGCUGCUCUCAGCUCAUCACCGCGUUUUACCUGCGAAACAGCCGGAAGUUCAGUGUGUCUCUCUCGGCUUUUCAGCGUUAAUGUGUGUUAGAAGCCCCCCCACCCCUGCUCUCUGUUUGGCUGUUUCCUAACAUACAAGCAUGGAGACUCCGCCCACUUCUGUUUUCACACUCGAGCUGGUCAGAAGGACUUCAGACUAGCUGGAUCACAUCGGACCAGGAGCUCAGACAUGGCAAGCUGCUCUGGAUGUGGACCGGGAUACCGCAGCCCACUGGACGCCAUGAAGGGUCCCCGGGAGGAGAUUAUCUACCUGCCCUGCAUCUACCGCAACACCGAUACCCUGAAACCCGACUACCUGGCCACUGUCGAUGUCAACCCCAAAUCCCCCACCUACUGCCAGGUGAUCCACCGACUGCCGAUGCCGAACCUUCGUGACGAACUGCAUCACUCCGGCUGGAACGCCUGCAGCAGUUGCUUCGAUGACCCAACCAAGAAGAGAAACUACCUGAUUCUGCCGUCGCUGAUCUCCUCCAGAGUCUACGUGGUCGACGUCGGGACGGAUCCCAGAGCACCCAAAAUCCACAAGAUGGUGGAGCCUAUCGAGCUGUACUGGAAGUGUGGGCUGGCGAACCCUCACACCAGCCACUGUCUGGCCAGCGGUCAGAUUAUGAUCAGCUGCAUGGGAGACCCGUCAGGUAACGCCAAAGGUGGUUUUGUUCUUCUGGACGGUGAGACGUUUGAGGUGAUUGGUAACUGGGAGCACCAAGGUGAGGCGGCGCCUUUCGGCUAUGACUUCUGGUACCAGCCUCGGCACAACGUGAUGAUCAGCACCGAAUGGGGAGCGCCCAAAGCUCUGGUUAACGGUUUUAACCCAGCUCAUGUCAAAGAAGGCCAUUAUGGCAGCGCCCUGAAUAUCUGGGACUGGACCACCCACAGGAAGCUGCAGAGGCUGGAUCUGGGUGAAGAGGGCGCUAUUCCUCUGGAGGUCCGAUUCCUCCAUGACCCGAGCGCCACUGAGGGCUAUGUGGGAUGUGCUCUGAAUUCAGCCAUCUUCAGAUUCUACAAAACAGCAAAGGGGGACUGGGCUGCAGAGAAGGUCAUCAGUGUUCCCAGUAAGAAGGUGGAGGGAUGGAUGCUACCUGAGAUGCCAGGUCUCAUCACAGACAUCCUGAUCUCACUGGACGACCGUUAUCUCUACUUCAGUAACUGGCUGCACGGUGACAUCAGACAGUAUGACAUCACAGACCGGAGAAACCCACGACUGGUCGGCCAGGUGUUCUUGGGAGGAAGUAUCGUCAGUGACGGGCCUGUCAGGGUCCUGGAGGACCCGGAGAACCAGCAGCAGCCCCGCCCCUGCAUCAUAAAGGGGAAGCAUAUCCCUGGAAGUCCUCAGAUGCUGCAGCUCAGUCUGGACGGGCGGAGGCUUUAUGUGACGACUUCUCUGUACAGCGGCUGGGACAAACAGUUUUACCCCGACAUGAUCAGAGAGGGGUCAGCGAUGAUGCAGAUCGAUGUGGACACUGUGAUUGGCGGCCUUACCCUGAACGAGGAUUUCCUGGUGGAUUUUGGCAAAGAGCCCGACGGUCCGGUUCUGGCUCAUGAGCUGAGGUACCCAGGCGGAGACUGCACCUCCGACAUCUGGCUGUGAAAUCCUGCGUCCGUCAGCUGAACCGUGAUCGUCCUCAGCUUUAGAGUCCAAACCCCGUUUCAGGACAUAUCAGGCAGGACUCCGAGUAUUUGAAAUGUAGCUUCUGGCGUCAGCAUCACACAUUAAAAGAAUUUUAUUGUUCAUCACAGACAACAACAGAAAGGGGGGGAAAAAAAACAAAAAAAAGCAAAUGGAAAAUCUGCUGCAGAGAUCACCUUUAGGAGUAAAAUUUCCAGCACACACACACAGAUAAAUGAAUUUAAUUAAUAAAUAGCAGUGAUGCGAUGACAGGCCUAUAGUUUGAGUGUUGACUUAAAGUUAAAAGAACUCACGAUUAAGAAGAACAUCUAAAACUGAGACAAUCAGUGAGGAAAGAAAACAGUUUUUCUGAGUCCAUUUAGAAAAUCAAACAUUUAACACUUUAAGGAGGAAUUUAACCUUCAUCUUCAUGUCCUAAGCACUUGUUAAAGUCUUUUCAUUCAGAAGCAGAUGUGUCCAGAUGUUCUGUUCAUUAUUCCACUCAUACAUUCAUGAGGAACAUAAACCCUCAGUGUCUGAAUCCUGCCUUUUAAAACAGCUGAAGAAGCAGCUAAAGGGCCGUUCCACUUUAUUUCAGCCUGCUGUGAGUCUCUGAGGGUCCGGCCAACUUUCAGCUUCUAAAUUCAGGUAAAACAAUGCUGAUCAGGACGAAGUGUGGCUCCCUGCAGCUUCUAAAAAAAAAUUCAUGCCUGAAUCAUUGGAUUGUGAAAGAGAAAUUAGAAAUCUUGACCUGAGAUUUAGGAGUCUGUUCAGUGUCGGGCUGCAGAGCUCAUAACACCCAGAGCAUAAAAACACUUUUUCCCACUGUGCCGCAGCUUUUUCAGACUGCACGGAGGGCUGAGCAUUGGACAGAUGAAACCCCAUCAUCAGGACAAGCUGCAGGUUUGUUGGUUUUAGCUCCACAGAGCAGAGAUCCUAAACCUCUGUCAGCCUUAAAUAUAACCCAGUUUUUUUUGUUGUUUUAGAAUAAACUGUGUAGCUCAGCUACAGGUACAGAGCAGUUUUUAUAGGGAGAGGUUCUGUUCAUCCAUCAGGUUUUAACAAAGCAGAAUGGCCCUUUAAAACUUUCCAUCCAGAUCAACUCAGUGGAAACGUUCAGAGUGUGAGACUAAAAGAAACUUCAGUGGAACCGGUUUUUAGUGUCAGGAAGCCUUCAUCUUCAAAACGUCCUCCUCUCUCCGCUCGCUCUUUUUCUACCUCUCACAUCACUUUUUUCUUCUUCCAUCCUUCCUCCUGUUUGUUUUUGGGUUUUUUGCUGCAGAAAAACACCAGCAUCACCUGUUGAAGAAGAUGUGGAUAAAAGCAGGAAACUGUUUUGUAAUGCUCUACAGGCUCUACUGCCCUCAUGCUUAACUCCCUGUUUUACACACGAAAGGAAAAAAAAAAGUACCUGGACAGACUUUCACUUGUUCUUUAUCAGGCUGGGAGAUCUGUAAGAGCAGCAACAACUCCUGAAUGUAAUAAUCAGAGUGAAAAUGCAGAAAAUAUAAACUCCAUCCAUUCAUUUUCUUCCGCUUACCCAGUUCAGGGUCACAAAAUAUCUGAUAAGUUUUUUUCUUGUUGCUCUUGAUUUUAAAAAAAAGUUUGUAAAAUGUCCUUUAAUGUUCACGCAAAGCUGCAAUAAAAACAUUAUUCAUCACAAAUAAA